AAGUGAGCCCAGUCUUGAUCCUGGGUUCGCUCGAAGACAUCCCUCACCUCGGCGCGUGCGGAGGAAUUAAGACAAGACCUCUUCUUACUCAAAGAGAGUUAGUACACGUUUAGUUCAUGCAAAGCGUGAAGUCACUAAACCCUGAAAGUAACUAGCUGUAGCGGACAACGCGACGGCAACGCGAUAUAAGUUCAUAAGUUUACUCUCUUCUUUUGCUUGUUUGAGUAUUUGCGUAUUAGGCGUGAACCCUCUCAAAGCAAUGCGUUCGAAAAGUCAAAUAGUCCUCCUCUGGCGCGAAUUGUGAAUAAAUGUAUAAAAGACCAUGGAGGAGCCACGCGCCCUCAGAGCAACGGCGGGGGUCCAGGUGGGCGGGGGAGGACGGCUAGAGAAGAAAGGUAAAGAAAAAGAAGAAUCGCGAUCGCUCAGCUACAGCGCAGCCACGUCCUCCCUUUUGAACGCCAAUAGCGCCUGAACCGUCGUCGCGCCUUCAAGCAUGCUUGAGAUAGUGGCACACUGUGAGCUUCGGGCUGUGAUAUUGUGACGACAGAUUAUCGCAUUUUGGCGCUUUCGGGCGAGUGUGUCUGUUGGAAUAACUUCUACUACUGAAAGAGCGGGGAGUGUAGGAAAUAGAUAUAGAGGGUGUUCACGGAAGAGGACGGGUG